AAGAAACGGCUCGGGACCAGACAAACCAGUCCACGGAGAGUGUCCAAUCAUAUUGUUCUGAGGGCGGGUUCAGCUCGCGACUCCAUGUUGAUUGGUCGGCCGCGUUUGGGCGGGAAGGCGGUAGGCCGGGUGUUGUCCGUAAGCGCGUGGCGGAGGCGUCAGAAACCCAGACACUGGAAUUUUGCUCUUUAUCGCCUACUCAAAUGUCGUAAUUUUAGUCACAAUAUUUACCGUCCAAAGAAAUCAAGAUAAACAGAGAGAAACGAACCCUAUUUAGGUUAGGAGACACUACUUAAACCGAAAGAAAGGUUGGACAAUCGCUGUAGUUGACAAGAUGAAAGCCAUGGAGAGAGACGAGGUGCCAUUGGGGAUAAAUGCUUUCACCUUGAUUCCACACCAGAAAUACAGAAGAAGUUGCAGACAUUUGCAAUCCAAGAAGAAUGGUGACAGACUGGAAAGUUUUCACCUACAGUAUAACUGUGGCUACUUCCAGAUAAUACCAAUUGAAAUCUUUCACAAGGUGUUGUGUUAUCUUUCAGUGACAGAUAUCAGUAUUUUGAGCAUGGUGUCAAAAGUGGUUGGCACUCAGAUUGUAGGUUAUAUCAGCACAUCAUCUGGAAUCAAACGGCUUUUACUGGAAGGAUUCCACUCGACUGAUAUUUCCAAGAAAUCAAUUGCGAUGGAACACUACAGAUCCUUAGGUAACACCUUAUUACAGGGCUUGCUGUUUAAAAGAUGUACCCUUCUCUUACCCACUAAAGAGAGAUUAAAAUUUGUGCAAAAUCAGUUAUUAAAGAAUCCAUGCUUCAGGAUGGGUGGCUGUAGUAUGCUGAUACAAUGUUCAGGAUUUGCUUGUUUUGGGCUGUUAUUACAGACUCUUAUAGCAGGCUGGGAUGAACUGGAGUGCCAUCGUGUGUUUAACUUCCUGAAUGAAAAUGCAAACUUGCCACGGAAAAUGCAAAGUGUGGUAUGCAGCAGACCAGGUGCAACUAGAAAGCUAGAGCUACAGAUCCGUUUGUAUUACCGGCGAGUUCUCUUGGAUCAUUGGGAGCACCAAUGCGACAUAGCUUUCUGGCUGACUCGUAUCCUUAAACCGUGGCCGAUGGUGAACCAAGCAAGAUUGCUGUACUUACUCUAUGGUCCUAUGUCCCUCAGUGAUGGUCAGAUCCACUGGCAUCAUAUGACCCAGUUACCUGCUAGUGAGGACAGUAUAAAAGGUCUUGCAGCAGCAGUUAGAUUGCUGCAUGAAAAUGCCAAAGAAUGGACAGCUGAUGACAUUUUCACUUUGUUAGAAGAGUUAGCAGGAUUUCCUCAAGAAUGGCUUCUGGAGAACUGUGCUCGUCUUCUGAUUUGUUGUGGGAAUAAUAUGUGCUUUACAUUCCUGGCUAAUAAAGCUGUAAAUGGGAGACUCAAUGAACUUGCCACACUUAUUGUGUUCCUGUCUUUGGUAUGUGAAAAAGAUGGGUACUGCAUGGACUGGACUGUGAAGAUGGUUCACAGAAUCUGCAAGGUGAUACCCAGCAGUGAAAGCAGGUGGAAUUUUCUGCAGGCUAUUGAGAAGGUCUUUGCAAGGGUUACCAUGGAUAUGAUCGAAUCUUUAAUGUUUAGUGGCCUUGAUGAGGAUGAAGGCGUAACAUACAACAUGUACAAUAUGGUGAACGCCCAAGCAGAGUUCCAUAAAGAAGUCAUGCUUUGUGCCUUCAGCAACAUCCUAACAUGAAAGGCAUUCUUGAAAUUAAGAGUCAUACUUCAUAUAACCUAACCUAUGGUCAGAUCAAAUAACCUUCUGCAUUACUUUAUUGUUUUCAUUUCACUGGCAAUUGAGAAAAUAAGAUUGCUUUCCAUGACUUAGCAUUCAUUUUGAGCUCUUUCUCAAGGGUAAAAUUUAUUCCACUUAAUAUGGUGAAGCAAGUUCUCAUUACCUCAAUUUAAUUCAGCCACACAUGGAUUAAAUUGAACAGCUAACCUUAAAACUUGUCAAUAAUUAGGUAUCUUUUCCAAUUGCUUUUCUUUUUAUACUGACUUUCUUGUUUCUAGAUUGUAAGAGUGUAGGAAGGAGAUUAAACUCAGAUAUUGAUUCACAAUACAAACCAGUGCGUGACACAAAAUGGUACUGAUUCAUGAUCCUCAGUUCUAUCCCACGUCAUGGAGAGGAGACUCAACAUGCAACAGGCUUUUAUGCUGACAUAGUGGCUGAAUGGGAAAUCAUACUUGCAAACCUAUAUCCAGGCUGCUAAGCUGUGAAGCUGAUGAAUAUCCAGUAAUGGAUAGAAUUAAAGAACAAAAUCUGGAAUGCAAAACUUAGCUUUCAAUUAUUUAUAAUUUUAAUAUUUUUGGACAUUAAGAUUUCAAUAAAUAAUCGGUUCAUUGCCCAUUAUAAUAUGUUUUCCUUAAAGAUGUUACGUUAGAGAUUUGGGGUGAUAAGUACUCAGUCUGUGGUUUUAAUGUAUUCCAAGUUGGGAAAACUAGUUUUACCUUCAUGUUACAGCUGUGCUGUACAUCAGCCUUGCUGCUGCUGCUCACACAUAUUUCACAUAAGACACAUCCGAGUUAACACGCUACAGUAUGCACCUCAGUA